GUAAACCGGAGCACCGGAACUCGACGGACAGGGACAGCGGUUGCACCACUUAGAGUGGGAUGUGAGUUUCUCCUCCCGAAGCCGAGCCUCCGAGCAACCGCCGCCUGCCCGCUCGCGCACCUGCUCCGGCCUAGUUGGAGGAGGACGGGUGGAGGACGGCGAUUGGCCGCGCUCCGCCUUUCCCGCCGAGAGGUUGGCUCGGGGUGGUGUCAAUCAUUCCUCCCCACCCGCCCCCGAAGACGCCAAUGUGGCCUGAGCUGGAGGGAGCAGGUCGGCGCCUCCAGACAAGGCUCAGGGAGACCCGGCCAGAAUUUCUAUAAAAUGCAGCCUGCUUGUCCAAAGUGGACUGAAAAGACAGAAGAUGCCUAAAGUGUCUAAGAAGACUUGCAACAUCACACCUUAUUAGAAAUUAUUCACAUACCUGCAUUUUAAAAGGGUUGAAGAAAAAGUGAGGAAAAUAAUGUGAGAUAUUUUUUUUGCAUAUUACUAUUGAUUCUUCAUUCAUAACUUCCAAAGCUGCUGCUUUGGCCAUUGGUGCCUUAACGUUAAUCAAAUCAGAAUCUGGUCUUCCUAGAAUGGACUGUUCUAGGUCUUGCUCAGGGGCAAGUGGUGGACAGACCACAUCCCAAAGCCAUAGUGAUGACGGUGAGAGGCAGUGGCAACAGGAGCGCCUUAACAGAGAGGAAGCAUAUUACCAAUUCAUUAAUGGGCUAAGUGAUGAAGAUUACAGAUUAAUGAGAGAUCGCAACCUUCUUGGGACUCCAGGAGAAAUAACAGCAGAUGAGCUACAGCAGCGCUUACAAGGUGCAAAGGAACAGUUGUCAUCUCAAUCCGAUCCAGAAAACAGAGACUGGGAAGGAGAAACUGUUGGAUAUUCACAGACUCUUGGGGAAAGUUCAACAAGCGAUUCCCUGCUAGAGUGGCUGAACAGAUUCCAUCAUACUGGAAAUUCCACCCGUAGUGGACAGAGUGGGAACCAGACUUGGAGGACUGUAAGCCAGGCAAACCCUAAUAAUGGCGAAUUCAGGUUUAGUCUUGAAAUAAAUAUAAAUCAUGAACCUAACAGUGACAGUGCUGCUGGUGAGGAAUUCAGUGGAUUGUUACAUGGCCAUAGUAACAGAACACAUAUUGUAAAUAGUGCUCUAGUACCAGACAGCCCGGUAGCCAGCCGAACCAGGAGCCGGACACUGAGAGCUGCUGCAGACAAUGCCCUUGCUUCAUCCAGACUUGGAAAUGUUAGCAGUCCAAUGACACAAAGCACUGCUGAAACAUCCCGACUCUUCUCAGGCAGACUCAGAAGCAGAAACAGAAACCCAGCAGGUUUUGAAGGACGCCGCGCCUUUUUAGAUGCUAACGAGCACAAUAUUAUCAGACAAAGAAGAACGCGCAGAGUUGCAUCAGUGCGACUUCACAGAGGGAGAACUGAAGAUCGAAUUCGGAGAGGAACAAGACAAAGACCAGAGGUUUUAAGACUAAGGUCAACUUUUACUAGUCAGUUCCAGUCUCUCUUGGAAGGGAGGCCACACAGGAAUGUUGAGCAGAUGAAUAGAGAGUCUAAUGGGACAAAUGUAGCUCAGUCUCUUCCAGAACAAGGUGAGGGACAGGCACCACCCUUGGGUGUACCUUUGGAAGAGGAAGAAUCUGCUAGAGCCACAGCUGAACCUAGAAGGCAACCUACUAUUACAUUAGACCUUCAGGUGAGAAGGAUUCGCCCUGGAGAAAAUAGGAAUCAGGACAGUAUUGCUACUAGAACCCGCUCAAGAGCAGGUGGGGCAGACAACUUGGUUACUUUUGAAAGCGACGGUGGAGGAUUUCGUCGGACUGUUUCACGAUCUGAACGUGCAGGUAUACGAACAUAUGUUAGCACCAUACGGAUACCUCUUCGUAGGAUAUCAGAAACUGGACUUGGGGAAUCUUCAGCUACAGCGCUUAGAUCAAUUCUGAGGCAAAUUAUGACAGGCUUUGGAGAGCUAAGCUCUUUAAUAGACACAGAAUCAGAUUCUGACACUCAGAGGAGUACUCAGAACUUAUUAGAUAUGCAGUCACAGCUGUCUAACAUGCAUACUCUAAGUGAUAUCAGUGGAUUUACUGCAACUUCGGUUAGGAGCAGACCUGAUGAACAAGGUAACAGUGAAUGGGAUACCGAAAUCGAUGCUACUCGACACAACAGACAAGGUAACGAACCACAAGAUAGCAGACAGUUUCAAGAUGCAAGCAGUUUUGUUGAAAAUGGAACUCUUCCCAUCCUCCGCCUUGUGCCCUACCUUUUGUUACAAGAAGAUGGUAAUAGCCUCUUGAGGGGAUUAACCAAAGACCAAAUUGAUAGUCUGCCUACCCGGAAUUAUGGGAGUGUCAGUGUAGAAGAGGGUGAAACAAGCAAGGCAUGUAGUGUGUGCAUUAUUGAAUAUGUUGUUGGAAAUAAGCUAAGACAGUUGCCAUGUAUGCAUGAGUUUCAUUUUCAUUGUAUUGAUCGCUGGCUUUCUGACAAUUCCACCUGCCCAAUUUGUCGGCAACCUGCAGUGGCUUAAUAUUUUGGGAAAUGGAUAAAACACCUGGGCUGUUUUUAAUACCUUUCAAUAAGAAGAAAGGGCUGUUUUAAAUGUGUUAAAAAUGAGAGAAAAUCUGAUGAUAUUUGGCAAUGAAUGCAUCUCUACUUAAAGUGCAAGGAAAGAGUACAUGUCCAUUUACCAUUGUAAGUCUAUUUUUCUAUAUAAUUUUAUUAUGGAAAGCACUUCUGUAAUACAGACAUUUAAUAGCUUUUGUUCCUUAUGAUUCAAUCUAUUGAGGUUUCAGUUUAUUUUGUGCAGUGCUCUUAAAGCUUUUUGUUAUUAGCUGUUGUGUGAGCAGUGCCCUUUUGUUUUGCAAAUUAAGCUGCAAGCCUUGGUCUCUGAAAGAAGGUUCUUAAGUUAUUUUAAAUUGCUUUGUUUCAUUACAUGGUGUAUAUUUUAAUGGAACACCCUGCACAUUUGGUUUUAUUUAAGUCAUUUAUAGGCAGCUUUUGCAUGCUUUAUGGCUUACUACUAACACUUUAAUUUUUAAACAUGUAUGAAGUCUGAUUUAGAGCAGUUAAUGUUUCAGUACAUACAGCCAGGAGGUUAGCAUGAAGAACUGUUAAUCCACAUUUACCAGCUAUAUCUUUACUUCAGAAAUUGCUUGAAAAAUAUAGAAACCCUGUAUUUAGGUUGUUUAAUCCAGUUUUAUAGGCAUUCUGAGGGUUUGUAGUUCAAAGAUGGAAGAGUGCCACGUUUAAAGAACUUAUCUGCUGCAUGCAUGAUUUAUGUUUUGGUUUUCUUGCAGUUUAACAAUUCAUUGUAAAGAUUGUCUUUGAUGGACCAGGUACAAAUGGGAGACAUAUUUCUGUUCAGCUCAUAAGGGGAGCUCCCUCGGGAUCAAAUGUGAUAAAAUGUUAAGGGAAUAUGUAUGCUCACCAUUAAAUACCAAAAACAUCUGUAUACAUGGCCUUUUUAUGGCAUAUGUCAAUACCUGAAUAAAUCUUCAAAACUGGAAAA